GUUUGGUUUCAGAAUCGCCGAGCAAAGGAGAAACGAUUGAAAAAAGAUGCUGGGAGACAGAGAUGGGGCCAAUAUUUCAGGAACAUCAAACGAUCCAGAGCAAGCUCCAAAUCAGACAAGGAUAGCACCCAGGAUGAUGGGGUAGCCAGUGAUGCUGAAGUGUCCUUCACAGAUGAUCAUUCGAUGCCUGAUAUGGGACAUCCGAACGGCAUGUACAAAAGCAUGAACGACACCUCUCCGGGUCUGGGUAGACAGACAGCAAGCAACGGGGGCUUCUCGAUUGAUGGAAUGCUCUCCCACGACCUGAGGUCCAACAGUCCUUACGGCCUCCCCCGGUCACCGGCUUCUUUGCAAGCCAUGCCGUCCCACCCUCCCCUCAUGUCCGGCCUCGUGUAUCAGGACACGGGCUUGGGGAUCCUGGCUCAAGGAGGGGGACAAGGUAUGAGCCAGGCUAUGCGCGUCUUAGGAGGAAACGGACCCAGUUCGGAUCUGUCUACAGACAGCAGCGGUGGCUAUCCUGACUUCCCGGCCAGUCCCGCCUCCUGGCUGGAUGAGGUGGAACACGCACAGUUUUAA